GAGAAAAUGCAUACUCAGCGACAGCCAUACAUGUGCAGGCUUUCAUUCAUAGCAUACAGAGCGCGUGCGUUUUAAAACAUGCAGCCAUUAACCGUAGCUUAUCUGAACGCUAAGCGCCCAGUAAGCACUUUCAUGAGGAACCGCGUACUCCUUUGCAAAGCAGCUCGCACGGACUCGCCCAAAAGCGAAAGUGAAAGAGAACGUGACGUUUGGACUGAAACGCGUACAAAUGUCGCACCUCUCUGUUAGUCGCUGUUAUUUCACACACAUCGAUGAGGAUUUAGACCACCCUUCGGCGUUACCCCGGAGUUCUCCGUGACAAAUGGACAUGCAUGCGCUCGUUAACUUCAUUUUCAUAACGGCGGCAUGUGCGCACAUUGCCAGAGCAAGCGAUGGCUGCGGAAAACCAGAAGUUGGAGAAAACACAGUACCUGUGACAGAAUUAUCACAUAACCUCGGUGCCCGUGUUCGCAUUCAGUGUGUAGAGGGCUACUUAAGGAAAGCAGGAACGUCCAACCUGAUUCGAUGCGUUAUGCAACCAAAUGGCAGUGCAGCCUGGCACUCUGAUCUUCCUCUCAAGUGUAUACGUGAUCCCAGAAUUACACAUGCGACCACAAGUGAUCCCAAAAUUGUGACCACGACUGAUCCUCCACACGUGACCACAACAGAAACCCAGAGUCCUCGUCAACAGUUCACAUUAUGCACCACAGAAACAACAGCAAAAAAGCGCCUCACUCUUCAAGGCACAAAUUCACCAAACACAGCAGCAGGGCACAUAGCUUUGACAACAACAAAUGAAGUUGUCGCAACCAAAACGAGAAGAACCACCACCCAGCCAACUUUGAUGAGCACAACAAAAGAGACAGAGUCUAUUACAACCAAUGAGACAACAAGCAACUACACAAGCAGAGAAUACAUGACAACAACGUCGUCACAUACCCUGUCAGGCUCUUUCACUACAACAACAGGAACAAAUGCAGUGGCAGCCUUAUCUCAUGGUUUUACACCAACAGUAAGUGGAGUUACAGUCACAGUUCUCAUUAUCCUGGUGACAGCAGUACUCAUUUGCUUGUGGUUAAGGUGGAGGAAUCAUAGAAACCAGAACGUAUAUAACUCCACACCAGAUCCCUCCGCUUCCUACAUACCUGUAUCAGUCAUUGGAUCUGAACUCAGUUCGGCUCAAUCAAACAGGACAGCUGAAAACGCCACAGAGGGCUCCGUCGUUUACAAAAAUCCAGGCACCCCCCAAGAAGUGGACGCUUGCGACAAGCUCCUCCCGCAAACGGACACCUGAUGAAAAAAAAAAUCAAAAAUGUUCAGAUUACAUUUCUGGAAAUCGGAUUAAUGUCAGAACCCGCUUGACUGGAUUAAGCCAUUCGUCCAAGCCGUGUUUAAUGUAAAUACUGUAGAGAACAAGGUUUGGCUGUUUUGAAGUGGAAGUCGAGCAGAAAUGAACUGCUCGAUAAACUGCUAGAUACUUCUUUGAAUCGAGAAUAGUGGAGACAGUAAUAUAAAGCCACUACCUCAUAGGAAAGUAAUGAUACAUAAUAACCCAGAACAGAUAAUCCAGUAAAAAUACUGUAGGUAAUAAUCCAAGGGCAACACUGACAUAUUGCAAGACAACGUCUUUAUGCACACAAUGCAUAUUCCGUUAAACAAAGAGCAUCAUGGGACAUAAAAAUCAAAUCUGAACAGUUAUGAUACUUAGAUCAGAGUCCAGUCACCACCAUAAAUGCACAUAUACCACAAUACACCACCAUAAAUGCACAUAUUUGACAACAUCCAUCUAAUGUACCUCAUCUCACUCUUUUAAUGUUAUCAUAAAACGAAUAAAGUGUUUAUAUCGUUUUUAAUACAUUUUUUUAUGUAUAUUGUUCAAUGAGCAAACAAAACGAGGAACUUUUA